AUGAGUGAGAAGCGCCCCCUUUCCCCUGAAGUAGUGCGCAAGUUGCAAGAGUCAACAACGCUGUCUGAAGCGCAGAUUGUGCGGCUUCACAAGCGUUUCGCAACACUCGACCAUGAGGGCAAAGGCUUUAUCUCUCGUGAUACGUUCAAUACGAUCUCUUCAGUGGCCUCCAACCCCCUGCUGGGGAGGGUACUGGCGGUUGUGGAUACCAACGGUGAUGACAAGAUUAACUUUAUGGAGUUUGCCAAGGCGCUUUCUGUGUUCUCACCGGAAGCGGAUAAGCAAGAGAAACUGCGCUUUACGUACAUGAUGUAUGACAUUGAUAGGGAUGGUAAGAUCAGCAACCGGGAUCUUUAUGAGACACUGAAGAUCAUGGUUGGAUCGAACUUGACAGGGGUUCAGUUGCAGCAGAUUGUUGACAAGACAUUUAUUGAGGUAGAUUUGAAUCGUGACGGUUACAUCACCUUUGAUGAAUUCGAAAAGUUGGCACUUUUGACUAGUUUUGGUGAUAGGCUCAACCUGCAGAUCUAA